AUGACGUCAUCACAACCUACAAAUGCAUCAGAAUGGCAACUUUAUCGAGUUCUUCAGCGUGCAAAUCUAUUGCAGUAUUAUGACACAUUCAUUGCUCAAGGUGGAGAUGAUGUUCAGCAACUCUGUGAGGCUGGAGAAGAAGAGUUUCUGGAAAUUAUGGCAUUAGUAGGCAUGGCCAGCAAACCACUUCAUGUUAGGCGACUACAAAAAGCACUCCAAGAGUGGGUAGCCAAUCCAGCUGCAUUCCAAGGUCCAGUAGUGGGCUCGUCCAGUCCAGCUCCCGGCAGUAUCAGUGCAUCCGUACGUGGCGACCAAAGUGCUGUCAACACAUACCCCAGUUUGCAUUCUACCCCUCCCAUAGUGAAUGCUCCCACAUGGAACCCAGCCACACAUCCUCCUCCACGCAAUAUCAGCCCAGCAAAUACAGGCAGUUCAUCUGGGGCAUCACCCCAGGCUGACAUCAAAGUUGAGGCCUUGGAAAAAUAA